AUGGCUACCCCCAGUGUUCUUACCUUUGACACUGAGGGUCGUGCUGUUGACUUUGAGGUCUGGGUCGAUGACCUCCAGCUGUUCCUCCAAUGCGAUAGGGCAGACGGCCUCUCUCUGUUCGACCUCACCUCUGGUGCCUCCCCUGCCCUGCCUGCUACUGCUGACAUCACUAUUCGCUCACAGUGGGCGACACGCGAUGCUGCUGCCCGUCUUGCUGUGCGUCGCCACUUACCGACCACUGAGCGUGCACACUUUAGCCAGUACAAGAGUGCUCAGACCUUGUACGACGCUGUAGUUGCGCGCUACUCUUCCCCUGCCACUGCUGCGCUUAGCCGCCUCAUGCUGUCGUACCUGUUCCCUGACCUUGCUGCCUUUCCUACAGUCGCUGACCUCAUUACGCACCUUCGCACUAGUGACACUCGCUAUCGCGCUGGGCUUCCUGCUGAGUUCUGCGCCAAGAACCCCCCCCCCCCUCCCCCCAUGUACAUCACCCUCUACUACAUAGUCACCCGGCUCCCUAACUCUCUUCGCUUAGUCAGGGACCACUUCCUUUCAGUUUGCCCCACCACUCUCACCGUUGACCUCCUCAAGGAGCGCCUAAUAGCAGCAGAGAAGAGCAUAGUAACUGUAGGAGCCUCUCCUGGUGACCCUCGCACCCCCGUCUUUGAGGGGUGUUCCCCCUCCCCCCUCUUGCCCUCUGUUGCUUCUGCUGCUGCUGCCGACCUCGUUGGUUUCUACGGGGUCGGCGCUGCAUCUGCCCCUAGCGGGAGACGCCGCACCGGCAAGGGCACGGGGGGCAAGGGAGCUGGAGGGGCUAGCGGGGGCGGUGGAGGUGGUGGUGGAGGCAGUGGAGGUAGUGGGGGUGGUGGUGGGAGUGGUGGCGGGGGUAGCGCAGCGGUGGCAGCAGUGGAGGCGGAGGAGGCGGCGGUGGUGGCGGAGGGAGCGGAGGUGGCGGAGGAGGCGGAGGUGGCGGAGGCGGCGAAGGCGGCGACGGUGGCGGCGGUGGAGCUGGUCGCGAAUCUGCGUAGAGGAGUGGGUCCGGUGGUGGUCCGUGCCAGCAGCAGCAGCGCGGUCGUGAGACCCUGUCCCCUCAGCAGCUUCGUGAGUGGUAAGCUGCGCGUCAGCGCGUGCGGGGGCCCGCACUCUACCCAGCGCUGCUUCGGCCGCCUGACGGACGCGUGGCGUCACCAGUUCCCUGGGGCGUCAGAGAUCUCUCGCUGGGGAGAUAUGUCUAGGGCGGUGGUUGCCAUCUUUGAUCUUGACUAUGAUGAUAUCCUUGCUGCCAUGUAUGCUGUGACUACUAGUGUUGAGGGUGACUGUUACCUGUGUGUACCGCCUGACCCGGGCAUUGAGGCUACUGCUCUAGGUGCUGGUGAGGCUGCUGCUCUAGGGGCUAGUGCGUCUGCUGCCCCAGGUGCUAGUGCGUCUGCUCCCCCAGGUGCUGGUGAGUCUGCUCUCUCAGGUACCAUGUCGGCUCAGGCCUUACACACCUUCACCCUUGACUCGGGUGCGUCCCGCUCCUUCUUUCGAGACCGCACGACGCUUACGCCGCUUAGUCGGCCGGUUGCAGUCUCCCUGGCGGACCCCUCUGGGGGUCCUGUCCUUGCUAGCUUCUCCACUGUCUUACCGUGCCCGGCAGCCCCCUCUAGCACCCUGUCAGUUCACUCCUGCGAGUCAGCGGGUGACCCACUGCACGUGUGCUCGGACAGGCCAACACUUGGCCACGUUCACCCGUCGGCCAGGGUCGAGCCUGUACACCCUUACUACUGA